UUCAUCAGCUAGCAAGCUAACAUUGACACGCACGCAGCAAUGGUGUCCUUCAAGGCUCGCCGGAGGGAGCCGGAGCUCGUCCCGCCGACACGGCCGACGCCAAGGGAGACCAAGGCCCUAUCCGACAUCGACGACCAGCACGCGCUGCGCUACUACGAGACGGUCAUCGGCUUCUUCCGCCGCUGCACCGACCAGAGCGCCGUCGACGAUGGACCGGACGACCCCGUGCAGGCUAUCAGGGCGGCGCUCGCGGAGGCGCUGGUGUACUACUACCCCGUCGCCGGGCGGCUCCGGGAGGAAACCGGGGGGAAGCUCGUGGUGGACUGCACGGCAGAGGGGGUGGCGUUCGUGGAGGCCGACGCGGACGUGCGGCUGGAGGACUUCGGGGAGCCGCUGCUGCCGCCGUACCCCUGCGUCGAGGAGCUGCUGUGCGAUGCUGGUGAUACGAGAGACAUCAUUGGCAGACCAUUGAUCCUCAUGCAGUUGACCCGACUGAAAUGUGGAGGAUUUGUCAUUGGAUUACACAUGUGUCAUAGCAUUGCUGAUGGUUAUGGUAUGAUUCAACUCAUGGUAACGGUAGCUGAGUUGGCAUGUGGUGCAGAAGCCCCAAGCAUUCUCCCCGUUUGGAAAAGGGAGGUUCUAAGUACGACACAUAGCCCAACCUCCAUCAUCACUCAACCGAACCCUUCAUACCAACCAUUACUAAAUAGCUUGGACUAUGAAUCUGAGUCAGACGACGUGAUGCUAUCAACUCCGCUCGACGAAAUGGUAGUCGACUACUUUGUUUUUGGGCCAACAGAGAUGAGAACUCUAGAGAGCCAAGUACGGGGAAACCGAGCCCAUCCUGCAACAACCUUUGAGCUGCUAACUGCUGUCAUGUGGCGAUGCCGCACAAUAGCUUUGGGAUACAAGUCUGGUCAGCCGGUGCGCCUUAUGCUCACUAUGAAUGCUCGCGGAAGGUGGAAUCGCCAUACCCUCAUCCCAUGGGGUUACUACGGCAAUGCACACUUCUCCCCAAUAGCGGAACUAACUGUCGAUGAGCUCUGCAGGCAGCCACUCGUCGACACGGUUGAGCUUGUGCGCAGAACCAAGCUCAGCGUGACAAAGGAGUGCAUGGAAUCGAUGGUGGAGACGAUUGCGUCCCUGCGACAGAGGCCUUGUGCUGACCCGGCCAGGACAUAUGAGGUUUGUGAUACGAAAUGGAUUGCGGCGGGGAAUGGAUUGAACCUUGGGUGGGCUGAACAUGUGGGUGGUGGCAUACCGGUGGCUGGAGACCUUACUUCCAAGCUGGGAAGCGAUCAUAUGAUGUGCAAGAACCAGGAUGGCGAGGAUGCAACGGUGGUGUCAAUGCUAUUGCCAAGGCCGGCGAUGGAGAGGUUCAGGAAGGAGUUGGCUGUGUGGCUGAACAAACAGCAUGAGAAGAAUUUAAUUAUACAGAGUGCCCUCUAGAUGCUGGCAAAGGUAUAUAUGUAUGUACUCCAGGCUGCUGCUUGCUUGUUUGAUGGUUUUGGUCAUUAUUCUGUGAUGGCUGAGUGCUGUAAUGAAACAGUUGGAUUUUUUACUAAUUCAAUUUUUUGCAACGGGAUGAAACAGCUAGAUUUUUUGAUCUU